UCCUCGUUCGCUGCUCUGGCGGUGGCCGCGUCUGUGCUGGCUGCCGGCGCCAACGCCCACAGCUACAUGACCGACCCCAUGCCGACUUGGUCGGUUGGAUACCCUACUACCAACUAUGCCGGCCUCAUUGACGGCCAGGACUACCUGCCGGUUCCGGACGGCAUGUCGUACGGCGGAACUCCCGAGGGCAACACCGAAGCGUACUGGACGGCGUUCAACGCGAGCAAGUACACGUCGCUCAAGGACCUGGCGGACAAGACGAUGGUGCUUCAGUCGCUGAGCCCGUUCGGCAAGGCCACGGCCGAGUGCGGCUUCUCGCUCGCCAACGGCACGGCGCGUGACUUGCCGGCCCAAGUGGAGUGGAAGGACUUCGGCUACUCCCACCAAGGACCCUGCGAGGUGUGGUGCGACGACAAGCUCGCCUUUGAAGACGACAAUUGUGCUCUGCACUACCCCGAGGUCCCGGCCAAGCUUCCGUAUGACGUCGAUGUUUGUGCUGGUGCGUCCAUGAUCCAGUCGUACUGGAUCGCAUUGCACGGACUCCCGUGGCAGCUUUACCUGAACUGUGUGCCCCUCACGGGCAAGGUGAACGGUACCACCAGUGACACUGAAUCGGCGAAGACUCCGAGCGCUGCUACCCCCACGACUACUACAACCGAUGCCCCCGCCGUUGCUAAUGAGGCAUCCGAGGCGUCGACCGAUGAAUCGAUCGAUGGUUCGGCUGAAACUACCCCGACGACGGAUGCUCCGGAGACACCCACCACAGACGCUUCUGAUGCUGUUGAAACGCCGGAGGCGACACCAGCGACCCCGACGGUAACUUCGGCCACCCCCACGGUAACGGAGCCCACUUCGCAGACUGAUGCGGGCACAAGUGGGGGAAAGUGCUCUCGUCGCCGC